AGGGCUUUGAAGCCGUGCCGGCUCCAUUCAAGUCAACCGUUGGGCCAUGCUGGGCUGCAGGCAUCGGAGCAAUGGAUCUGGCCAUCGUGGAAGAAGGCAACUCCAAAAUCGCCGUGUCUUUGAUGGACAAUGUUGUGAAGACCUUUGACCUAGGCACAGGCGAAGAAAUCCCCGUGGAUGAAACACGGAAGUCCAUCAAGAGCCCGCCCAUGUGGGAAUUCGACGCCGUGGAGAAGGUGGAGCGUGACUACGCCUCCACGAGUGUGCUUACGGCCUAUGAUCGAUAUGUUUUUGUUGGUACUACGGCUCCAUCUUUGCAGAUUUGGCGUCGUCCGCUGGCGAGCCGCCAUGGACACAACGACUUCGUGCCGCCGCCCUUGCCGCCGCUGGAGCUGCGGCAGCGUUGCUUGCCCUUGGCCUUGAAUGCGCAUGAUGUUCCACCAGAGGCCUGCCUGGCGGAUCCCAUCUUGCGCCCUGGAAUGUCUUUGCAAUCGGCUCGUCAAGCUUUGGAAGCAGACAGGAACCGCUGGGCGCUGCGUGCGCCACACGAAGUCCUCAAGGCGUGAAGACUACUCACGUCAGGCUGACGCCCGCCGAUGCUGAGCGUUUACAACGUGCUGGUACAUGGCACCGAAGGAACCAGCGUAAGGACCUUUCCCAUACCUGAACCCC